AUGCUCCCUUGUACAAAGAAAAUAGAUAAAAAUACUGAAGAGAAGGAAAGAGAGCUUCUACAUGGCCCUAAGAGUCACCUGCAAUCAUCAGUAGUAUCAGGAAGGUCAGGACUUCAAGAUGGUCCCACACAUCAAAUAAAAUCAGUUCAGAGCAGUUAUAGAAUAUCAGAACUAGUCAGCAACAAAUCAAAUAGAACAAACAAUUUCUAUCUUAUAUCAUCAUCCAAGAGAAACAGACCUGUCAGUGCUCCGCCAGGUCAGCUAAGAUGUUUACAGUUUCCUUGCUCAAAAUUUCACUUGGCUCGGAAGGCCUCUGAAGUGCUCCACCUUUUUAAGCGGCAGCCUUGGAUACUCAGAGUAACUGCUUUUAAGAAUGGUACACUAAGUGUAUUUGCUAAAGUUGCAGUGGCACCUUCCAUUAAACUGCUGCUGGAGGAAUGUACCGAAAAGCUGAAGCUGAAUAUGGCUGCACGACGAGUCUUCCUGGCAGACGGCACUGAAGUACUGGAUGCCAUAGACAUUCCCCAUGAUGCUGACGUUUAUAUUUCAACAGGAGAGCCCUUUUCAAAUCCAUUCAAAAAAAUUAAAGACCAUCUGUUGUUAAUGAAGAACACAACUUGGACACUGAACGGUCUAGUCCUUCCUAGAGAUGUCAAGAGGAGAAAAGUCAGGCCUGUGCUUGCCAAACACAUGAAGAAACUUGCUGAGAAGCCAAGUAUCAGGAUUUUGGUAUUUAAGAACUGUAUGGGGCAAGAUGGUUAUGAAAUAACAGCACCCUUGGACCACAUAGAAAAGUUCUUAGAUACUUGCACGAUGAGACUGAACCUUACUUUGCCUGCUAAGUAUGUAUACAAUAUACAAGGAGAAAAAAUUGAAGAUCUCAUAAAUGUGAGAGUAACCAAAAAGGUUGAUGACUGGAUAUAUCCAGAAAAACUCCAAGCCCUGCAGUCCAUGGCAGCCAUUAUAAAUAUGAUUGCAGCAACUCCUCAAUAA